AGUAAUAAAAUAGCUGAUACUUCAGCUGAGCAAGCCCGGAAAGGGAAAGACAUUCAGGGUAUUCCUUGGGACAGGCUUAGCAUUACCAGAGAGAAAUACAGACAAACUAGACUUCAACAGUAUAAAAACUACGAAAAUGUCCCUAACUCUGGUGAUUCCUCCGAGAAAGAUUGCAUGGUCACGCAGAAAGGAGCCGCUUUUUAUGAUUUCUGGCGGAAUUCAAGAUCUAUCAAAUCAAGUAUCCUUCAUUUCCAGUUGAGGAAUUUGGUUUGGGCAACCUCUAAGCACGAUGUCUACCUUAUGUCUCAAUUUCUGGUUAGCCACUAUUCUACUUUGACAUCUGCAAAGCAUGAAGUUCUCAAUGUUCAAGGUCAUGUUUCCCCAUCCGAGAAACAUCCUGGAAGUUUUCUGGAGGGAUUUACCAAGACUCAAGUGAGCACACUUGCUGUGAGGGAUAAGUUUUUAGUUGCUGGCGGAUUUCAAGGAGAACUUAUAUGCAAGCAUCUUGAUAGACCUGGUGUGAGCUUUUGUUCCCGUACAACUUAUGAUGAUAAUGCUAUCACUAAUGCAAUUGAGAUUUAUAACAAACCCAGUGGCGCACUUCAUUUUACCGCCUCAAAUAAUGAUUGCGGAGUCAGAGAUUUUGAUAUGGAGAGAUAUCAACUUGUUAACUAUUUUCGCUUUCCUUGGCCAGUCAACCACACAUCUCUGAGUCCUGAUGGUAAAUUAUUGACGAUUGUGGGAGACAACCCAGAGGGCCUUCUCGUAGACCCCAACACGGGAAAGACACUGGGAACACUAGCAGGACAUUUGGACUUCUCCUUUGCAUCGGCGUGGCAUCCAGAUGGGCUCACCUUCUCGACAGGUAACCAAGACAAGACAUGCCGGGUCUGGGACAUACGUAACCUGUCCAAGUCUGUCGCUGUCUUGAGGGGUAACCUUGGAGCAAUCCGAUCCAUCCGCUACACAUCUGAUGGGAAAUACAUGGCCAUGGCUGAGCCGGCUGACUUUGUCCAUGUGUACGACGUGUCAAAAGGGUAUGAAACAGAGCAAGAGAUCGAUUUCUUUGGGGAGAUCUCGGGAAUAUCCUUCAGCCCUGACACCGAAGCGCUCUUCAUCGGUGUUUGGGACCGUACUUACGGUAGCCUCCUUGAGUAUGGCAGGUGCCACAACUACUCCUACCUUGAGUCAUUUCUAUAA